AUGGCAGCGAACCCCAGCGACAAGCACUUCGCCGAAUGCCACCGCGUAGCUGAGUGCAUGGCCAAGGACGAAAGCGAAAGAACGUUUCUGCGACCCGAUCACCUGCGUCAGCACGUCAAGAACUUCCACAAAGCGAAAUUAGAUGAGACCACCCGCGAUCUCUGGAGACGAGAGGGCCUAGGUAAUCAUGCCGUGGUGAACUGGGUUUGCGGUUUCUGCGCAAAGGUGCUGAAGACUUGGGACGAUCGUGAGACGCACAUAGCAUGCCACUUCAAAGAUGGUUUAACAAUGGCGGACUGGAAAGGGACCACAAGACAGGAUUCUGAGGCGAGUAAGAAGAGGCCGACUUCGAGCGAAGGACGCCCGAAGGUGCUCUCGAAGUUGGCACGGACGCUUACUUUCCGAUCAUCGCGUGAGCAGCACCACUUUGAGUCGCAAAGUCAGGCAGCCGAUGCUUUCGAUACUGCACUGGCAUUUACUCACGCGCCUGGAUUGGAUGCACCUCUGUUGCCGGAACUUGUUUUCGACGACUUCAUGGCGGGUGUUGGUGAUGUCGAUUUCAAUUACAGCGACAGGAUUCUUACUGGCGCGUAUGAACACAACCUUGCUUCUACUGGACGGCACGAUUCCGCAUUUCCAGACGAAGAAAAUGCGGUGUUUGACUUUGGCGAUCUGGCGGACGGGUUCGUCAACCAGGAGUUUGGGAAUGGGGAUGCCUUUGGGUUUUGGUAUCAAUAG